GAGUUAGGACAGAAAGUAAAACAUGCCGAGGUUUGACAGCUAAUCUGUGCCAGUGGAGAAGUACAAUACCGUGCAUUGCAGUUUAAAAAAUCUGAUCAUUGUUUUGUUCUGGUAAAUAAUCCCCCUGUUGCAGCAGUGUUGGGUCUGUCUCCCUCUAAAACCCACCACAGAAUCAGCACAAGUUACAAUAUGCUAGCUAAAAAAAACUAUGAUUGGAAAUCCUCUGUUACUUGUAAAAGUCCUGGAUUCAAAAACAUACCUAACCAAGGUGCCAAGGGAGAUGACGCUGCGUGCUUGUGGCUUCUUAGUGUUUCGUCGUCUCGCCAGUUGUGUCCCUCCAGACAACAUUGAGUACCUCCUCCUGCAGACCUCUUAUGGGAACCACCACUGGACUCCACCCAAAGGUCAUGUUGAUCCUGGCGAGGAUGACCUUACCACAGCCCUGAGAGAGACCAAGGAGGAGGCAGGGCUGGGGGCUGAGCAGCUGCAGGUUAUUGACGGCUUUUUGCAGGAGCUUAGCUACGAGGUGCAAGGCAAACCCAAAAAGGUGCUGUACUGGCUGGCUGAGCUGAAAGAUGCAGGAACAGCUGUGACUCUGUCUAACGAGCACCAGGACUACCGCUGGGCCCGGCUGGAGGAAGCCUGCACUCUGGCUCAGUACAAAGAUCUGCAGGACACUCUGAGAGCAGCAGGCAGACACCUGCUGGACAAAAAGCAAUGAAUCUAAAUGUGCAUGCUGCAGACGGGAUGGUUAAAGAAGGAAACGCUUCUGCUGACAUUAGGGACCUCAGACUUUGGUUUAGCAGAGCACCCAAUGUAACAGUGUGUCCCUUCUGUAUAAGGUAAAGCUGAGUAUAUUCUCUUUUUCAUAAGGCAAAGGUUCAAUUGAAAACACACAACAUGAUUCUAAAAUAAAUCAGCUACCCUAGUUUUGAAUACAUAAAUGUGUACAAGUUAUUAAACCAUAACACAAAGCAAGGAGACAGUUACUUACUUACAUAGUGGAUACAAAUACAUUGUAAACAGUAGAUGCUGCCACAGGGUGGCGACAAAGACAAGAACUAUUUUGUCACCAAAGAUUACAAAACACUGCAAGCUGUAGAAACACCACCCAGAUCUGCAAUGAGCUCAGAAACGGUCUCAGGCCUUUUUUCAGCUCUCAGUAUCCAAAUAAAAGUGAGAGAUACAACAAUUACCUUUGCAAAUGAGAUCCUGUCCAGAAACUAAAACAAAAAAAUCAGGUUAACCAGGGAUAAUAUACUAAUCCAUAUACUAUAUAGCUCUUUCAUUUAUAAAGCCAUUCGCAAACAUGCAGCAUUACCACAUCAUAACAUAGAUCCUAGAACCUUUACCACGUGUUUGCCACUCACGAUAAAAUGAUGUAGAUUGAUGGUACUACAGGUAGGAGGAAAAUAUCUAUCUUUGAUUUUGAGGUGAACUGUCCCUUUAAGCUAAUCCUUAGAACAAAAGCAAGUUAUUAAGGACGAGCAAUAAUGUUAUAAAAGCAGGCAGCACUGACACAUAAAUCUCAAUUUGAGAUGGCUUGAUUGAGCAGAGGUUUUAUGUACCGUGGCCAUGUUACUAAACCAGUUAUUUUUAAUCCAAUCCAACCCCUUUCUACAACCUAAAAGUAUUUUUGAAAUCAAGUUAAUUGAUGGAAUAUAAUCCUAAAGCGCAGGAAGAACUAAAAAUACAUUGAAUCAACACUGCUUUUUCUCUCACUAGGGGAGAGUGAAAUUAAAGACAGACUGUUAUCUUGACCCUGUCCCUGUCACAUUGUGCUACAAACAGGAACAUUCUGCUCUCAAUGCCACAAGCAGGAUUAAUAGCCCUUGCCGAAGGGAUGAAAUAAAAGUAAUUAAAGAAAUAUUUGUGUUGUUGUAACUCAUAAGUGCUCUUAUCAAUUAACAGCGACUUCUCUUCUGGGUAUUUUAAGAAACACGGGAUAGAGCAGUGAGCCUGAGGUCAAUGAAAGACUUUCACAAGGCAUAAACAUUAUACAGUAAAGUAACACCGUGCAUCGAGCAGCUGAACUAUUGCUUUGAGACCCAUCAGGGCAUCAUUUUAAAGCAGUAAUUAAUUCCAUGCCUGGUGGAGCAGAAAAGCUCCUCUCCCAGUGAUAAAACACAGCUAAUUGUUCUGAAUUUAAAUUAGAGUUCCCUCUGUGAUUAAACAGUUUGCCUUGCACCUUUAUGUAUCAUGUUAUUAAAAGGUAUGAAAUAUCCCAAA